AUGAAACAAUAUAUGCCAAAAAAGCCGAUCAAAAGAGGCUACAAGGUCUGGGCAAGAUGCGACUCUGAAACUGGGUAUUUACAUCAAUUCAAUGUUUACAGUGGCAAAUGUGAAAGUAAUGAAGAUGGUGAUGGAGGACUUGGUUUCAAAGUAGUCAUGGAGUUGUGCAGAACGGUGCAGGCUGACACCCUAAUAGCUUUUGACAAUUUUUUUACCAGCCUGCCUUUGAUGGAGAUGCUACAUCGGAAGAAAAUUUAUGCAGUUGGUACUGUCAGAGUGAACAAAAAAGGAUUACCAACAUGUCUUUUACCACAUAAAGGCGACAAAAGAGAAAACAAGUUGAAGAUUGGGGAAUUCAUGUUACAGUAUGCAGACCCGGUGUCUGUAAUAAAGUGGCGUGACACAAAAGAUGAUAUAUGUACCACAGCAUAA